AGAAAUAUGAUUUAUUGCUCCAAAAAAUGUUUAAAACAUCAGUUAAUGAAAUGCUGGAGCAACAAAACAACCACCCAAAUACUCCUGAUUCAAGUGAUGCAAGUGAUUCUGAAAGCCCAUCAAGUGAAACUGAAAGUAUCUUACACAGUGUUAGCGAGCCUGAUGUAAGUUUAGAUGAAAUGUUAAGUUUAGCUUGUCGACAAGGUAAACUUGAUAUUGUUCAGCUACUUUUACAAAGUGGUGCUCAUGUAAAUCAUAGAAAUAAAGCUGGUAAUACUCCUUUGCUAGAAGCUUGCAGUCAAGGCCAUGUAAAUGUUGCAAACUAUUUGCUUGAAAAUGGGUCUAAAAUUGACACACCUACAGAAGCUACUCUUGAUAGUGCUUUAACGUGGGCUUGCACUUUAGGGAACACAAACAUAGUAAAUGCUUUGCUUUAUAAAAAAGCAGAUGUUGAGCAUCGAACAAAAGAUGGCUGUACUGCUUUGAUGUUUGCCUGUUUAGCUGGUCAUAGAGAAGUAGCUGAAAAAUUACUUGAUGCAAAUUCUGAAAUAAAUGUUGAAUCUGCUAGCAAUAAAGAUAGUCCAUUAACCUUUGCAUGUUGGAAAGGACAUGUUGAUGUUGUUGAACUAUUGUUAAAACGUAAUGCAAACAUAGAACAUCGAACAAAAGAAGGAUUUUCACCUUUGAUGUUUGCAGCAUUAGGUGGGCAUACAAAAGUUGCUCGUAAACUGUUAGAACAUAAAGCGCAAGUAAAUAUUCCUAGUGGUAGUAAUAAUGAUAUUCCUUUGACAAGUGCAUGUUGGAAAGGACACACUGAAGUUGUAAAAUUGUUAUUAGAGUUUGCCUCAAAUAUUGAGCAUAGAACUAAAGAUGGCUGUACUCCACUAAUGCUUGCUGCCAGAGAAGGUCAUCUUUGCGUUGCUGAGUUACUUUUGGGUAAUAAUGCACAAGUUAAUGUUCCAUCUGGUAGUGAAAACAACAUUCCUCUGACACUAGCAUGUUGGAAAGGCCAUUUGGGAGUUGUUCGUCUAUUACUUGAUUAUGGUUCUGAUAUUGAGCAUCGUAAUAAGGCUGGAUGCACACCAUUAAUGUUGGCAGCAAGGGAAGGUCAUUUAGAAACAACUGCACUACUUUUGGAAAGAAAUGCAGAAGUCAAUGUUCCAUCAGGAAGCAAUGACGAUACCCCAUUAACAUUAGCAUGCUGGAAAGGCCAUAAGGAAGUUGUUUUAUUGUUAUUGGAACAUAAAUCAAAUAUUGACCAUCAAACAAAAACUGGGUGUACUCCUUUAAUGGAGGCUACAAGAGAAGGUCAUCGACAUGUAGCUGAAAUUCUUCUUAACCACAAUGCUGAUGUUGAGCUUCCUGAUAAUUAUGGUCAGAGUCCAUUGUUUAUGGCAUGUUGGAAAGGCCAUCAUGAUGUUGCUGAGCUGUUAUUAUCUCGAGGAGCUUACCGAGAUUGUCGUACAAAAACAGGUAUCACUCCAUUGUUUCAAGCAUGCAGAGAAAAUCAUGUUUCAAUUGUGGAACUUCUUUUGAGCUAUGGAGCUGGUAUUAAUUCACCUUUCCCAAACAGCCGUGAAAAUCCCAUGACUUUGUGUGCUGAAAAAGGUCACAAGGAGCUUGUUAAAUUAUUUCUAUCGAAAGGUGCUAGUCAAGAUUGUAGAACAAAAAAAGGGUGUACACCUGCAUUUUUAGCUUGCAAAGAAGGUCAUAUUGAAAUUGCUCAGAUGCUUUCAAAUCAUUACGCAAAUUUGGAAACACCUGAUUGUCGUGGGAAUACUCCUAUAAUGUCUGCAUUUAAAAAUGGCCAUGUAGCGAUAGUUGAAUGGCUUAUCAAGUUUGUUCAUCAUUUACCAUCAGAUGAGAUUUGUCACAAAAUUCUUAUGUCUGCUGUUGAAGAAAAAGAAAAAGAAGUUAUUGUACAACGAAGAAGCAAGUGUUUGGCUAUCAUUCAAGAGACAAAAAGAAAAAGAGAACUGCUUGCUUUAAAAAAUGCCCAAAAUCUUGUUCAGGAACUAGACGAAGAAAGAACAAGAGAAGAAAAAAAGAAAGAAAAAAUUGCAGCAAAAAGAAGAGACAAACGCAACAAGCGUAAAAAAAAUCGAGAAAUAGAAGAUCAGGUACCAAAAGUCAAUGGAUUGAUUAACCAUGAUGAUGAUGAUGAAAAUGAUGAUGAAGAAAUCAAAGACAACAUUAUGCCAACUGAAAAUCGUUUUAAUUCACCUGAGGAAGAUUUUUCAAGCGUUUCAACUGUUCAGAAAACUUCUGAAGUAUCAAUUUCUACUUUAAAAGUUGAAAUGAAAACAUCACGUAAAAAGAGUAGACGAAAAUCGACAUUAAAAAAAGCUGUUCUUCCGUGUUUGUUGAACCAUGAAGCAAAAGUUGAAAACUAUGAAAAAUUAUCUGAAAAUUCAGAAUCGUCUAAAACGCCACUUUGUUCAUCUUCUGUUAUUGAUGUUCAUGUAUUAGCUAAUCAACUGUCAGAAGAUGCACGGAUAAUGUCAGAGACAUUAACUGUUCAAAAAUGUAGUUUAGAUAUUAAUCGACAGCGUCCCAAAACUUCUGGAGUUUGCACGCAAAGUACAUCUACACUUGGUCCAAGUCGUUCUGCUGUUUCAUGUCAGACUGAAAAAAAGAGUGUAACUACUGCUAUUGGAACACCAUCAAAAUUACUAUCGCAUUUUCCUAUUGUUUCUAGUGUAGCUAUGUCAACAUGCACACAAAGUAUCACUACACAAUCAGAUCCUCGUACACAUGUCUACAACAUAACGCCCUUUCCUAAACUUGAGUCUUGGGAUUCAGAGUCUAUUGAGCAUAGCAAUGAAAAGGAAUACAAAUCUCGAUCUGGUUCUGAUUCAGCUUCACUUUCACGGAACAAUUCCUUUGAUGAAUACAGAGAGUCAGAUUGGAGAGAGGUUUCUCGAACUCAUAAGUUACUCAUAUAUGAUCUUACUGUUCCUAAUGGUUACUGUGGCAGGGUGAUUGGAAAAGGCGGAAAGAAAAUAAAUCUAAUUACAGAAGAGUCUGGUGCACAAAUUACUAUAGACAAACCUACUGUUAAUAAUGUGCCGGCUGAUCGAAUUAUAACAAUUAAAGGAAACCAUACUAGCUCUGACAAAGCAAGAUAUUUAGUUACUAGGGCACUCAAUACACCUAGCCUAGCAGCAAGGGGUGUAGUCAUGUAUGAUUCUACCUACUCAAAGAAAACAGAUAUCAAGCCUACACCAUCCAUGAUAUUAUCUAGAGAACCAGUAAAGGAAAAAAAAAUUAAAGAGGCAAGACCUAGAUUGUCAAGCUCUGAAAGACCAACAUCUGUUUCUGAUACCUCUACAGCAUCUCUUACUUGCUUUGCAAAAGUUUCUGCUUCUGGACCUACAUAUAGUAAAGUUGCUACAAAAACCAUUUAUUCUGAAAUAAAAGACACUUCGGAAACCCAAACAUCGACUGUAAAUUCGGUUGUUAACGGAAACCUAAAUUCACACCAAGAAUGUUCACAAUCAUCUAAAGAGCUCGAACCAACAAGAAAAUCUUCUAACUUUGCUUCAAUGGAGUUUUCGUAUUUUUCGCAAGUGAACAAAGUAAAUGAAAAUAGUGAAACUGACCAAAAGAUACCCCAAAGUGUUUCUACAUUUAGCGAUUCCAAACUAAGCUUUGGAUCUACAUGGCAUUCAACUGCUGCUAAAAGUGAGGAAGACAAUCGGAUGCGAAGCAUCACUUGGAAUGGAAAGCUUAUGUCUUCUCCUUUGUCAGUUGCAACACAAGAAUCAAAUCAUAAUAUUUCAAGUGAAUCUGUUAAAGAACAGUGUAUUAUUUCGCCCCUCAACAAUAUCCAACAGCUAUCAGAUGGUUUUUCUGAUGAGCAAACAUGGAUGUUUACCAAACGCAAAGACGACAUUCAAGAUCGUUGGGAAGUCUCUUCUCCACAAAGCAGUGUGAGUAGCAGCAAAAUGGAACUGACCAGUAUAUUAGAUAAUGAGAACAGUUCAGCUCGAUCUCUUGAUUUUGUAACAGCGUCUGUUAGCAUUGGAAAGGUUUUUGAUAAUACACCAUGGCUACAAUCACGUGGCGCUUACAGUGCUCCUUCGUCUCCAUCUCUCUUGCAUACCUCUUGUGACGGAAACUUGCGUAACUGUAUUCCUAAACAAGCAACUCGUUUUCAUACCUCUGUGGAAGAAUUAAAUCGACCUUGGUUGGAUAAAGUCAAUCCAGAAUGCAAUACUUGGAAUACAGAUUUAUCAAAUCCAAUGCAUUGUUCAAACUCGAUCCAACAGAGUAUGGAUAAUACUAUCUUAAAUGACAAAAUUUUAACUCUUGAAAACACUCAACCAAACGAAGAUCAGAGUUCUUCUCUUAUAACUGCGCCGUGGUCUGCAGAACGUCUUCAAAAUAUACAUUCUUUAAACGAGUUGUUAGUUCACCUUUCUCUAGAAAAAUAUACGACGAAAUUUGAGUCUCAUGGCAUCACAUUUGAAACGCUUUUAACGCUAUCUGAAAAAGAAUUGGCAAAUUUAUCGGUACCGAAAGGUCCAAGGUUGAAAAUUCUAAAAGCUCGAAAUGUGAUACAAGAUCAAAGGCGCUUGGCAAGUGGUGUUUCUCCGAUGAUUACACCAAGUAUAGCUUCGUUUCAGUCUUCUUAUACCCCGAACACAAUCGUGAAAUCCCAAUAUAGCCAACAGCUUCCCGAUAAAAGUGAUAUGAAACCGUAUCAACCAAUUUAUACGAAUGGCAAUUUUCAAUAUCCUGAGUUCUUACCUUACGGUCCAACCUUUCCGCCACAAAUCCCACCAGGGUAUAAUACAAUGCUACCUUCAAAUCAGCAUUUUAUGCACCCUACUCACACCCAAAAUCUGCCGGUUUAUACAGCUACAGGCGAAGAAUUUUCACAACAAAUAAGUUUAGAACACUCGCCACACCACAAUAUGCAAUUCAUUUCACAAGGUUAUAUGUAUCCCAACCAUGCUUUUUAUUUUUAUUCGCCGCAAACGUAACGCGCUCAAAACCUUCAAUUUUUGAAGCUACGAUGUGUGCAAUGUAUUUUUGAUUUUCGUUCUAAAGAAAUAAUUUAAAACAAA